CAGUAGACCUCCAGUGACAUGUAUAGAGCGCUAGCGCUGAAGUACAGUGAAUUCAAUCAGUCAGUGGUCGUAGAGAAAAGGUCAACUGCCGAGCCUAUCUAUUCUGCAGUUUCCACGGAAAAUGGCGGGCAAAACUGCCCCUGGUUCAUCCCUUAGACUAGAAUGGGUCUAUGGAUAUAGGGGACACCAAUGUCGAAAUAAUCUCUACUACACCGCUUCCAAAGACGUGGUAUAUUUUGUGGCCGGAGUGGGAGUGGUUUACAAUGCAAGAGAACACAGUCAGAAAUUCUUCCUAGCACACGAUGAUGACAUUGUCAGUUUGGCCAUCCAUCCUGAGCGGUCACUCAUUGCUACUGGUCAGUUUGGGAAGGAUCCCUACAUAUGUGUUUGGGAUUCAAACAAUGUACAGACUGUGUCCAUUCUCAAGGACGGUCAUACACAUGGUAUCGGCUCUCUCGCAUUCAGCCCUGAUGGCUCGAGAAUUGUGUCUGUUGGUCUGGAUCCUAACAACAUUAUGAAUGUAUGGGACUGGAAGAAAGGCAAGAUCUUAUCAACUGUAAAAGGUCAUUCAGCCAGGAUAUUUGAUUGCCAGUUCAACCCACAUAAAGAAGGUACCCUGGUGAGCUGUGGCAUGAAGCACAUCAAGUUCUGGACUCUCUGUGGGAAUGCUCUGACGGCUAAGAAAGGUGUAUUUGGCAAGGUGGGAGACAUCCAGACUAUGCUGUGUCUAGGGUUUGCACCUAAUGAUGACAUCACCUAUGCAGGAACCCUCAGUGGGGAUAUCUAUGUAUGGAACGGGACCAACUUACAGAGAGUUAUACAGGAUGCUCAUAGGGGUAGCAUCUAUACAAUGGAUACUGCUGAAGGAGGCUACGUGACUGGAGGAAAAGACGGAUGCCUCUGCCUAUGGGAUCCAGAUUUCAGACAUAUCACUAAGAUAGACCUACAUAAGACCAACCAAGGAUACCCAGGUCUUUCUAUCCGUAGUGUUCACUGGCUUGGUGAACACAUCUUAGUUGGUACACAUGAUAGUGAGAUCCUUGAGGUGUUUGUACGAGAGAGAGAUAAACCUAAGGUGUUGGUUCAAGGUCAUGCUGAGGGAGAGCUCUGGGCACUCACAGUACAUCCAAAGAAACCAAUCUUUGCCACUGGCAGUGAUGAUCAAAGUGUAAGGAUAUGGAACAGUGAAGAUAAGACGUUACUGAAGAAGACAGAGAUGGAGCAUAAUGUAAGAUCAGUAGCUUUCAACCAUGAUGGCAGCCAUCUUGCCGUUGGCAUGUCAGAUGGAUCUUUCACAGUACUCAAAGCAAAAGAUCUUUCAGAAAUCAUCCACAUCAAGGAUCGCAAGGAGGUCCUUCACGAGAUGAAGUAUUCCCCCGAGGGUCACUACCUUGCUGUGGGUUCUAAUGAUAACUUUGUAGAUGUGUAUGCUGUAGAGCAACGCUACAAGAAGGUUGGCCAGUGUUCUGGUAGCAGUAGUUUCAUCACUCAUCUGGAUUGGUCAGAGGAUAGUCAGUACCUUCAGACUAACAGUGGAGCUGCAGAGAGACUCAUCUAUAAGAUGCCUGGUGGGAAGCAUGUAACUAAUCGAGAUGAGAUCAAACAGAUCCACUGGUACUCCUGGACCUCUGUCCUUGGGGCGGAAGCCAAUGGUAUCUGGCCUAAGUACUCCGACACCAAUGAUGUCAAUGCUGUAGAUGCAAACUAUGCUGGACAGGUGAUGGUGACGGGAGAUGAUUUUGGCCUUGUCAAACUCUUCAGAUUCCCUACAUUGAAACGAGGUGCCAAGUUUAGGAAGUAUGUUGGUCAUUCUGCCCAUGUGACCAAUGUGCGAUUCACCCAUGAUAGGAGGUAUGUAGUGUCUGUAGGAGGUGGUGAUCAUGCUGUCUUUCUAUGGAGGUAUAACCCUGAGGGUGUUCAGCCUGAUGAAGACCUUGGUACAGGCCAUGAUACAGGAUAUAUGGAUUCAAACAGUGAGGACAGCGAUUCAGACAUGUCUGAUAUUGGUGAUCUCGACUCUGACAUCGAGAAGGAGAAGGAGAUAGACUACGAGAGGGCUGUUUACAAGGAAGACCUGGACCAACUCAAGAGACAGAACAAGACCAAUAAUUCUACGGGAGAGAAGAGACGAGAUGGCCCGAAUAGAGGAAUGAGGCUAGACUUUGUUCAUGGCUAUCGAGGGUAUGAUUGUCGUAACAACCUGUUCUACACUCAAGCAGGAGAGGUUGUAUUUCAUGUUGCAGCAGCUGGUAUUGUCUAUAAUCGUGAGACACACUCCCAACGAUUCUUUCUCGGACAUACUGAUGACAUUCUAUGCUUAUGUAUUCAUCCACGCAAAGAUUAUGUAGCAACUGGACAGGUUGGCAGAGAUCCAUCUAUCUAUAUUUGGGAUUGUGAAACACUGAAACCACUUGCUCUCUUAAUGGGACAGCACAAGAGAGGAGUUUGUGCUCUGGACUUUUCAGCUGACGGUAAGAAGCUAGCCAGUGUGGGUCUCGAUGACAAUCAUUGCAUCGUGGUAUGGGACUGGAAGAAAGGUGAAAAGCUAGCCACAACGAGAGGACACAAAGACAAGAUCUUUGUCAUCAAGUGGAAUGCUCAUGAUAAUGAUAAGCUGGUCACCGUUGGAAUGAAACACAUCAAAUUCUGGACUCUAGCUGGUGGUGGCUUCACCUCAAAGCGUGGUACCUUUGGUAAUGUUGAAAAGCCUGACACCAUGAUGUGUGUUUGCUAUGGGAGAUCACCCGAGAUGACAUACUCUGGAGGUGCUAAUGGUAGGAUAUACCACUGGCAGGGUACCACUCUACAAAGGGCAGUCAAAGCACAUGAUGGCCCCUGCUUUGCCAUGCAUUCCUUGGACAAGGGCUUUGUGACAGGUGGAAAGGAUGGUAUGAUUGCGCUAUGGGAUGAGGCCUUUGAACAGUGUCUCAAGACCUACGCUGUCAAGAAGUCUAGCCUGUCUCACGAUUCUCAUGGUACGCUGACUAGUGACAUGCCAGCCAUACGGUCAGUAGUGCUUGGACAUGGACACAUUCUAGCAGGGACCAAAAACAGUGAGAUUCUACAGAUUGAGAAGAGUGGACCUAUCAAACUACUCGUCCAGGGUCACAUGGAGAGUGAGGUAUGGGGUUUGGCCGCUCACCCAUCCAAGGAUAUCAUAUCGACGGUCAGUGAUGACCAGACGUUACGUCUAUGGGACAUUGGAGAAGCCAACAAGCUUCUGAAUGUUAGGAAGCUAAAGACUGGUGCGAGGUGUUGUGAUUUCUCUCCAGAUGGCAAGGGAUUGGCUGUAGGAUACAAAGAUGGUAGUUUUGCUGUACUGGACAGUGAAACUCUUAAUGAUAUUGCUGGAUUCCAUCACAGAAAAGAAGAAAUAUCUGACAUCAAAUUCUCACCUAAUCCUGGUAAAUACUUAGCUGUAGCAUCCCACGACAACUAUGUGGACAUCUACAAUGUAAUGAACAGCAAGAGGGUUGGUACAUGUAAAGGAUCUUCAAGUUAUAUCACACAUACAGACUGGGAUGGUUCAGGGAAGCUUGUUAUGUCUAAUUCCGGUGCCAAGGAGCAGCUGUUUUUUGAAGCCCCACGAGGCAAGAGGCACGCUAUACGUAACAUGGAGAUAGAACGUCUUAACUGGGCAUCUUGGACCUGCGUCCUGGGACACACCUGUACUGGUAUCUGGCCGGCUAAGAGUGAUGUGACCGAUGUGAAUGCUGGAUGCUUGUCACAUGACCGUAUGACCUUUGCAACGGGAGAUGACUUUGGAUAUGUUAAACUGUUCCAGUGGCCUGUUGUGGGGAAGAAUGCAAAGUUCAAGAAGUACGUCGGACAUAGUGCCCAUGUGACCAAUGUGAGGUGGUCACAUGAUGAUCGGAAGCUGAUAUCUGUUGGUGGUGCCGAUACCUCUGUCAUGGUUUGGUCUCGAGAGGGCGUUGGUGAAAGUAACGCAUGUGGAGACAGCGAUGAUUCCGACACAGACUCUGAAGAAGAAGGUUAUGACAGUGAUGUUCAACGUGAGAAGGACAUGGAUUAUUCAGCUAAGACGUACACGAGUCCAAGGAGAGAAAUGGCUGGAGUCAAGCCUCAUCUACAAGAUGUAGAGAAUGAUGAUAUGCCUAGUGUAAGCAGGGCAGCAGCCAGGCCUCCUAAAGUUAGGAAGAGUGAUGUAGAUACAGGCAAGAGGAAAAGGCCUGGCAAAGUCGAGGAGUUAGUACUUCAGCACAUCCAUGGCUAUCGAGGCUUUGAUUGUAGAAACAACCUCCAUUACCUCAAUGAUGGUGCUGAUAUCGUCUAUCAUGCAGCUGGAGCUGGCAUCGUCCAAAACCUUGAAAAGGGAAACCAGAGCUUUUACCUUGAGCAUACAGAUGACAUCAUAUGCCUGACUGUCAACCAGCACCCCAAGUAUCCCAACGUGGUUGCGACGGGUCAGAUAGGUGAAACACCAGCGGUCAAUGUAUGGAAUGCAGAAACAAAGGAAACGCUGUCCAUCAUACGAGGGUUCCACACCAAAGGUGUCUGUUCGGUCAACUUCAGUGCAUCGGGGAAGCUACUUCUGACCGUUGGCAUUGACAAGAACCAUUCAUUUGCAGUCUGGAGGUGGCAAGAUGGUACUAGGAUUGCCAGUGGCGUUGGACACACAAAGAGAAUCUUUGUUGCCGAAUUCAGACCAGACUCUGAUUCUCAGUUUGUGACUGUUGGUGUAAAGCAUGUCAAGUUCUGGACUGUAGCAGGUAGUCAACUCCUGGGCAAGAGAGGAUUACUCAAGAGAUCUGCUACCAAUUCACAGGAAUCAAAGAUGCAAACCAUGCUUUCAAUAGCGUUCGGAGCAAAUGAUACAACAUACACAGGAUCUAUGUGUGGUGAUGUGUAUGUAUGGAAGGGUCAUAUGCUAACUAAAGUAGUUACCAGAGCUCAUCAGGAUGCAGUAUUCACCCUCUACACAACUCUCAAAGAUGGACUUAUAGUCUCGGGAGGCAAGGAGAAGGCUGGACGUAGCGGAAAUGCAGUUAAGUUAUGGGACCAAGACAUGAAGAAAUGUAGAAAUUUUCAACUGAGUACAGGAAACAAGAUGGAUGUUGUUAAGAGUGUCUGUCGGGCAAAGGGAAAGAUCUUGCUGGGCACUAAGGAGAGUGAGAUAUUUGAGAUUGAUGAAAAGAAAGGAACCGUAACCAAUGUAAGUCAAGGUCAUGGUGAAGGAGAACUAUGGGGUUUAGCAUCUCAUCCAACCAAGGAAGUAUUUGCAUCAGCUAGUGAUGAUACUACUAUCAGGAUAUGGGAUGUUCCUAAUAAGAAAAUGUUGAACAAGGCGGUGAUUGGUACUCCAGCCAGGUCAAUAGCAUACAGUCCUGAUGGUGAGAAGCUAGCAGUUGGUCUGAAGAAUGGAGAGUUUGUCAUCUUGACUGUAGCUACCCUUGAGAUGUGGGGAAGGAAGAGGGACAGGAGUAAAGCUAUUCAAGACAUCAAGUUUAGCCCAGACUCUAAAUACCUUGCUGUAGCAUCAGAUGAUGGCAGUGUCGACUUUUACGACAUCAGCGCAGGGUCUGCACUGUCGAGGGCAGGCUUCUGUAAAGGCAUCUCUAGCUUUGUAAUACAACUUGACUUCUCAGCAAAUAGCAAGUAUAUACAGAUUGGUACUGGAACCUAUCAACGCUUAAUCUACACUGUGCCAAGUGGGAAACCUGUUACAGAGAGCUCAGAUAUCCAGAAUAUCACAUGGGCUACAUGGACCAGUGUCAUUGGUCAAGAGGUUGUUGGUGUUUGGCCAAGGAAUGCAGAUAAGGCGGAUGUUAACUGUGCUAUAGUCAGUGGUCAAGGCAAUGCAAUAGCAACAGGAGACGAUUUUGGCUUUGUAAAACUCUUCAAUUUCCCGUGCUCAGAGAAAUAUGCAUCUCACAAGAAGUAUGUUGGUCAUUCUGCACAUGUUACUAAUGUAAAGUUCAUCUAUGAUGACAGGCAUCUAGUUAGCACUGGAGGUGAUGAUUGCUGCUUGUUUGUUUGGAAAUGUAGGUGAGAUUAGAUCAUAAGCCUUGAGAACCACUCUUCAAUGCAGGGUUUCAGACAAUUCAACGAAUAUCUUUAAUGAUGCAUUUAAAAAAGGAUAUUUUUCUGUAUUGGAGGAGCCAUCAACAGUUCAGUGUCCUUCAAAUAAUCACGUUCUCAAAGUGCGGAAUCUUUAAUGUUGGUUCAGAUUUUGUUUUUCCUAUUGUAUAUGGUGUACAGUUCUGUCACAAUUAUGUUUAUAGUCAAUUGUUGUAUUUUGUGCCAAAAGCAUUGUCAAAAUCAUUCUCAACUUCAGCAAGUUUUGGAUGGAGGUAGAUAAAUCAAAUCGAAAAUAUUUGUACUAUGUUACCUCAUGAUUUUUAAUAGCAUGAUAUGAUAGGUAUGUUCUCAACCACCCCCCUCAAUCCGAGUUUGAAUGGUUAUUUAUGAUUUCAUAAUUUUACAUUGUGUGAGUAAUAAUCAAUGUAUCCUUUGUAAACAUGUUUUGUUGGUUGAAAUGAUUCCCCAAUUGUUAAUGUGAAUAUGACUUACAGGAUAUUACAUUAAUUUAGGAUAUGGCUCAGGUCAUAAUGAAAAAAAGUUGCAUUGUUUCAAAAUUAUUUAAGCUCAGUCACUGAGUUACUGAGCAGCUGACAAGAUUUAAAAAAAAAAGAGAAGAUUUCUUAUGCGUCCACCCUCUUUCUUUCACCCCAAGGGCGAGUUUCAUAGAUUUAUGGUAUCUUUGCCAUCCAAGGUUACAACUAUGGUAACAGAGAUAAUUAACCAAUCAUAAUCAAGGUUUCUAUGGUAGAUAAUUACUUUACCCUUCAAAGGUUUUAUUUAAUAGGACUACGCCCCUUUGUGAAAUCAUAUUAGAAAAUGAUUUUACAAUGUCUUCCAACAAACACUUGAAUGUAUGCUAUCUAUUUCUUGUUCAUGAGGAUGAAUCAGAUUUUUUCAACCAAUCUUAUCUUGAAAUCGAACAAUGUCGAUUGAUGGAGAUAUAUACAAGAAUUAUUCCAUGAUACAUUAUCUCUCUUUUUCAUAGCAUUUGAUGUAUUGCAGACUUUGUACAAGAUUGUAGAUAUGGAUGUCUAUAUGCCUUCAUGCAGAGUUUUUAUCAUUCAUUAAAUCUGCCAAGAUUCUGGUUCAUAACAUUUGAAGCAUUUGUUAUGGUGUCAACACAUGUUCUUUAUGUUAUCUGUACAACAUUCAUAAUAGGGAUUAUGGUAUUUUUAGGUUAAAAAGUAAGACUGAAAUAUAUGGAGAAGAAUUUAAACAGAAAAUAUAUUUUGUGCCUUACAAAUUCAAUGAUGGUUUAUAUUAUGAAGUGUAGAGUUGUAGAAACAUGACCUAAGAGAUAAUCAGUGAUUGUCCUGCUAAAAAACCCACAAUAUGUUAGGAUAUUCUGUAAAGAGUCCUUAAUAGUAAUUUUGGCUUCAAAAUCAGUAUUUAUAGAAUUUCCCAACUUGAAAGAGUCAGAGUGACUUAUAUUUACCUCUUUCGAAAUGUGAUGCUGUCAAAGCAUCACUAUGCAUUGUUAUUCUGCUGAUAGUGAAAGGUAUAUCUUCUAUCUCAUACGUCAUGCUUUUGUGAUGCUCUAACUUCAAGCUAUAUUUCUUUCAGAAAUUCUCCUAAAUUGAUUCAAUUCAAUCUUUCAUACUGUAUAUACAAAUCUCAAAUUCAUUUUUGCCAUUUAACUUAUUGUUGGUUUAGAGCUACGUAUGUGAAUAUUGUUAUGAGCAUGUGUGAAUGUAGCUUUGUAUUUAAUAAUGAUUAUCCAGUUAAUUAGGAUUACAAUUGUCCCUUAUGAAGAUAACUUGCCCUCUCACAGAAGUUAGUCUAUUAGGACCACAUGUAAAUCUGACCUGAAUGAUUCCCUAAAUUAUAUUUCUAAUUUUAGUUAAUCCAAUAUCGGAGACGUACGAUAUGAGAUAUCCUUGUAACUUAAGAAGAUUCGGAAAUUGCAUAGAUUACGGUAUCCUCAAAUUGCCCAGAAUUAAAACUCUUAACAGGCAUUUUUCAUUUCAUGUGAAUUGACAAUCAGAUUUUUGUUUUAAAAAAGUACUGCUUGUUUCUCAUUUCACAAUAUACUUGAAUGUAUUCUGGUUUCAAUGUUGGUUCUUUUCAUUUUUCAUCUGUUUAUGUCUUUCAUAGACCAAACCAAAUUGAUAAAGGCACAUAAGUAUUUCAUAUUGAACAAAUUAUGUGUAGUUCUUUUGAAUGUUAAAAAGAAAAAAAUAAAUGGGAAUAUCAGUUCUAAGAAUGAACUUUACAACUGAAUAGUUGAAUAGAAUGACAGUUUUGUCAUUAAGUGCUUUUUAAAUUCAAAUUAUAUUGCCAUUCUUAUUCAGUCAUGUAAAGUAUACAUUAAAAAAUAAUUCUUCUAAUUCUUUAUUUCUACUAAUUCUUGUCUCAAUUUUUAUUUUCAAUUCCGAUUCAAAUUUACUUUUGUUGAAUUAUGAUAUAUUUUGUGGGACACUGCAAAAGAGAAUGAUAUUGAUGUGGAUAUAGGCAUAUUAUGAAUGUCCAAGAGACUGUUUCAUAAAUCUGUCUGUAAGCUAUAUAUAACUUUAUAUGCAACUGGUGACCCUUUCUUGUGCUUUGUUCUCCUGUCCUAUCAUAUGGUCAAUGAAUUUCAUAAUGUAAUGAAUCUGAUUUGGCAUGCAAGAAGAGGUCACCAGUCGUGCAUAACACCAUGAAUAACUUCCAAGCAGCUUUAUAGAACACCACCCAGAUAUGAAAAUGUUGUGAAGUAGUAAGAAUACUGGAUUACUGUGGUAUGCAAGCACUACCGGACGUGUAUUUGAUCAUCUCAGAAAUACACUUGGAAUGUAUACACUAGGUGUGUAAUCUACACACUGAAAUGUACACCAAUCAAUGAGAGAAAAUGCUACCUUAUUUGCACUGACUGCCAAUUUGUGUUGCAGUUUUUAGCCGAAAAAAAUAUAUAUAUUGGCCAAAAGGCGAUGACAAUGCUUUUGGGCUGGAAAAGGAUCCCAUUCUGGCUCUUUUUCACAGCAUGGUUUCAUAGCAUGUAUUUUGUUGAAUGACACCUCAUCCCAAUCUCUGGUACCAGUCAGACAGUGUACAUUGUUUAUGAAAAUUAUAGUUAAUUGCUCUUGUAUGGAUUUGAUUAAUAUUUUGAACAGAAUGUCUGCAUUUGUAUCACAUUUUUCAUCACAUUUUAGGUAUUUUAGGUAAGUUGUAGUUUCCAACAAAGUCUAAGCCAAGCAAAGGCAUACAUACCUUUAAAGCAAUGAAAACAGACGAUCUAUGAAAUAUGAAAAAAUUGAAGCUUUCAAGGGUUUUUAUUGAACUUAAGAGAAUCAUGUUCACCCAUAUAAGGUAUCACUACAUGAAACUAUUUUUUUUUAGCAAUGCUGGAUCCAAAGUGCACUUAUGAAAUGUUGUGUUAAUCUGAGCAUUUCAUAUUUGGUCUAAAAAGUAUUGUAAGCAUAAAAAUAGAAUGUCAUGAAAGAAUGUGGUGAGAGCUUCUGACAUUUUGGACUGCAUAAAUAAUUCUUUAUUUUGUGACUCGGAUCCUAGGCAAAAAUGUUGCAAUAUCCUAUCCUUCAUAUGCUUUGUUCGUUUGUGGAUAAACAAUAUGCUCUCAUUUUCAAUUCAUCUUUAUUUCACAAGCCGAUUAAAAGGCUCUUAAAAACAACAUAAAUACAGUAUUUUAUGUGCGCGAUCAUUUUUGCUACUGAAUCAUUCUUUUGCGACAAAAAAUGAACAGUGCUUUGCUUUUGGUAGAUGGUGCGCAAUUGUUGUGUUGAGUACAGCAUCCUGGCUGACCUUUUACAUAUCCAGUCCACCUCAGUCAAACUACUCCAAUAUUGCAGUAUUUUGAGGUUUAUAUGAACUAGGGUUUUGCCUAGGUGCAUCAUUAAUACUACCAUAAUAUUGCAGUAUUGGCGUUUAUGAGGAGAUUAAUAGGUUCAACUUUAAAUGUGUGUUUGUUUUUUCUCCCCAGUAAAAUGUUUUCUCUUGGAGCUCUAUGGGCUGCUUGAAAAUAUUCUUUUAUACUUUUGUUUUUAUUUUAAUUUUUUGUAUUGUUUUACAUAGUUUCCUGGAUAGAACUGUCUUGAAAAUUUGACAUUGUAAUGCCUUUUUAUUUGCAGUUCAGGGUGUCUCUGGAUAUCUGAAGUACAACUGCUGAAGUGAAUAGUUUCACUUUGGUCUUUUUUUAUUUUUAUACUUUCUUACAUCUUGUAAAUUUUGAAUAAUGUAGAUACAUUUUAUAUUUCAAUUAUACUGGCAUGAAAGUAUUACAUAUACAUGUAAUUAGAUAGUAUUAGUAGAAGUACUUAUGUAUUGUGCUGCAUAUAGAUUAGAAUUUUUUUUUUCUACUAGGUCAUUUCCAUACGCAUUCUAACUGAAAUGAACUUUUGUUGCAAUUGUCAGCAUUCCUCAGAAGGUAAAAUAUUGAUGUUCUGAACACGCAUUUGAUGAAGCUUAUGU